AUGACUUACGGUGGGUUCUCCCUGCUCUCCUCCGCUGUCUGCGUGCUACUCCUUUGCCAGGGUUCUCUCGGCCAGCUGCCCUUCGGACAGGGGAGACAACCCCGCCAGCAGGCAGAGAGGAGGAAGUGGCGGCUCGAGAGGCUAGAGGCAGUAGAGCCGUCGAGGAGGGUCUAGGCCGAGGCGGGCAUGACCGAGUACUAGGACCAGAACGAGGAGCAGUUCCAUUUGGCCGGCGUAGCUCCCUACCGUGUUGGCUUUGCAACCCAGGAAUAACCUCAAGUACUUCAAAAUCAGAAAGGAAAAAACAAAUCGGAAGUAGAAUCAAGAAUGCUCAAUUAAAUUCAACAACUGAAAAGUGCAGCACAUUUCAUCGAACACACAGUCUCUUAUUUACAUACCCAAUAGGAAGAGGAGAGAGGGUGAGUCUAAUGGCCGCUGGAUGAGCUGACACCGUGUCUCACAUGGCCACUUAUCUACCGUUAUAAGUCUCAGUGAUGUGCGGCCCAGAUUAACCCUACAAAAGAAAAUAACGACCUGGAGAUAAGAAAAAUUCUCAAAUCGCUGCUGCCGGAGAGUUCGUCGGACAUGGUGAAUUUUCACAAAGCUAGAGCAAUUUCUUUAAUCUCUUCCUUAUUCUUGUUCCUCCGUGCAAAGACUUUGAACUCCAAGGCACCGUCACAUCUCUUGAAAUUUUUGUCUUCCAAGAGCUUUAGUGAGAAUAUCGGCCAGCUGAUCCUCUGUAUUGAUGUAGAGAAUUUCGAUCUUCUUAUCUUCAAAACACUAACGAAUGAAAUAGUAUCGAGUGUCAAUGUGCUUCUUUCGAUUAUGAUAGACUGGAUUCUUGCUCAAUGUAAUGGCCGAUUGAUUAUCCACCAUCACUUUGACUGUCUUCGUCUUCUCUUCUUUCAUUUUGCUGACCAAGUGGUUCAUUCACAUACCUUGGUAAGUUGUCGCCGUGACUGCAAUAUACUCAGCUUCACACGAGGAUAAGGCAACAAUGUUUUACUUAUGUGAUGACCAACUGAUGGUCAUCCUUGUAAGAAAAUAAAUAUGACCAGAGGUGUUAUUCUGAUCAUUUGUGACUCUUGUAAAAUUGUUAUCACUGAACCCAAUUAGUUCAAAAUUUAAACCACCUUUCAUAUAGACGAGCCCAUAGUCGAUUGUAUCUUUCACAUAUCUCAGAAUUUACUUGACCCCACUAAGAUGAUCUGAAGUGGGAUUCACCGUGAAUUUACUUAAAACUCCACUGAGUAAAGCAAAUCUGGUCUUGUGUGUGUCAAGUAUCUCAGACUUCCAAUGAGGCUUCUGAAUUUCGCGGAAUUCACCCUUGUGCCUACUUUCUUUUGGGUGAAUUUUCCUCGAGCUUUAAGCAGUGUGAAAAUAAUAUUAAUGUCUCCCAUCUUUGCAUGCUUUAAAAUCUUUAAAGCAUAAGUUUUCUGAGAUAAGAAAAUAAAGUCUUCAUCUUGUUUGACCUCGAGUCUCAGAUAAGAGCUCAAUGAUCCAGGAUUAGUCAUUUCAAAUUUCUUUUUUCAUCCUUGACUUGAAAUCUUCAAUACAUUUGGGACUAGACCCUAUAAUGAUUAAGUCGUCAACAUAAACUCUGACAAUUAGGACUUCAUUACCUGAUCUCUUGAGAUAAAGAGCUUGUUCAUGAUUGCUCUAGUCAAAUUCAAGAGAGACCAGACACUCAUAGAGCUUGAAGUACCAAGCUCUUGGAGCUUACUUUAAGCCAUACAAAGUCUUCUUCAAUUAUAGGACAGAGCCUGCUCUACCCUCCAUAAUGAACCCAUUCGGCUGCUUCACAUAAAUCACCUCUUCAAUCUCUUCAUUCAAGAAGGCGGACUUGACAUCAAAAUGAUGAAUUACCAUCCUUUUAGAGACGCUAAAGUAAUUAGAGCACUUAUAGAUUCAAAAUGAAACAUUGGGGCAAAUAAUUCUUCAUAAUCAAUCUCUUGCCUCUAUGACCUUUCACAACAAGUCGAGCCUUGUGUCUAAUGCUCUCUCCUUGUGAAUUUUGCUUCACUUUGAAUAUCCACUUUAGCCCAAUUGACUUGUAAAUUGGUUGGAGGUGGCACAAGCUCCUAUGUUUGACUUUGGUCAAUGGCCAACAUCUCUUCUUUCAUGGCUUUCCUCCACGCUUCUUCACGAGAAACUUUAAUAUAAGAGUAUGGUUCUUCACUAAUGAACAUGCAAGCUUGAUCAUCAAGUGAAGUUGAGAUCAUGUCUAAGUACAAUUCAGCCAUGGACUUGUACUUGUAGUUGACUUUCUUUAGAGUCACUAUGAGGGGCUGAAUUCACUUCUCGAGGAGUAGAGACCUCUACAUCUUCAAUGUCAGCAUCAGUGUCUUCUUUCAUACCUUAAUCAGACAGAAAAUUAGGUAAGAAGGUAUAAGAAGGAGAUAUUUCACCUUGCUUUGUCCAAUCCCACUUGUCAUUUUCUUUGAAAAGGACAUCUUGAUUGAUGUUGACCUUGUUAGUUACUAGGUCAUAGCAUCUGUAGGCCUUGGAUCCAAUCUCAUAGCCAAUGAAGACCAUGGGUUAACUUCAAUCUUUCAACUUGCUUAGAGGUCCUCUAGUACAUUUCACAUAGACAAUUGAACCAAAAACUCACAAGUAGUCAAUGUGGGGCUUUCUUCUAGUCCACAUCUCAUAGGGAGUUUGACCCUACAAACUUUUAGUAAAAGACCGAUUAGUGAUCUAAAUAGUAGUACUUACUACUUCUCCCCACAGCUCUCAAGAGAGCUCCUUAGUCUUCAACAUGGCUUGGACCAUGGACAUCAUAGUGCGAUUCUUCCUCUCCACCACCCCGUUUUGUUGAGAUGAGUAAGGUGCAGUCAAUUGUGUUUUAAUGUUCUGCGAAACACUAUAAUUAACAAAUUCAUCAGACAUAGAUUCUUCUCCUCUGUCUGAUUUGAAAUUCUUGAUCUUCAUUCUCUUUUCUAUCUCUAAUAGAGUCUUGAAUCGCUGAAAGGCCUCAAAUACAUCUAAUUUUUAUUUCAACAUAAGUUGGAUGGGAUAAUUGGCCCACAGAUGUCAACAAAGAUGAGUUCCAAAGGCUCAUAUGCUCAAAAUGAAGAGGCCUGAGAAAAUGGUGUUCGGUGUUGUUUUCCAGCAACACAAUUACGGCAGAGAUGAUUAGGUAUACUGAUAUGUGGAAGUCCAUCCACGAGAUGCUUGCUGGACAUCUCCUUCAAGGAAUGAAAAUUAAUAUGCCCAAAUUGAGAGUGCCACAGCCAAUUCUUAGAAAUGUCACUAAUAUGAUGUAAACACUGAUCCACCAUAGUCAACUUCAAUAAAUAAAAUCUUCCCUCGGAUUUGUGCACCUCAGCAAAGAGACAAUUAUUUUGGUUAAAAAUGGUCAACUUACUCCCUUGCAUCAUCAUGCAACAGCCUUCUUCAUCCAAUCAGCCGAGACUGAGCAUGUUGGCCACUAAUUGAGGUACAAAUAGCACGUUGGGAAGUCAAAGAAGUCCACCAUCUUUUUGAUUAAUGAGAAGAUCACCGGGUCCCUGAAUUUAAACCCUUGAAUUAUCUCCAAAAUUAACAAAUCUAGAUAUAGUGUCAUCUAGAUCUUCAAAGAAAUUUUGACAAUUGGACAUAUGGUUCAUCGCUCCAAUAUCAAGAUACCAGAGAUUGGGAUCAGAGAGCUCACCCUCAAACCCUUGUAGUAGCAAACCGUCGUGUUCCUCCACAACGGCCAUUAGAAAGAGGAGAUUUUGCAGCUGGACCAGAAGAAUCAGCCACAUAUGCUUGUUCCUCCUUCCCUUUCUUUGCGCUUCAACACUCGUAAGCAAAAUACCCAUAUUUUUUGCAAUUGUAGCACUAAAUUUGUAAUUUGUCGCAAUGUGUCUUUGCAUCUUCAGGAGGUGGUUGACGACGUCUGCCUCUUCCCCUACUACAGCCGCGAUGUCUGCCUCGUCUGCGAGAUGAGGGCUCCUUCUCACUCAGAAUUGGGCUUUGCUCAGCACGUGGGCUAGCAAUAUCUGCUCCUCCUCCCAUGACUCAUAGUCGUUGAGCCACAGCUCAUGGACACUCAAAGAGCCAAUGACUUCGUCCAACAUCAUCUUUGUAAGAUCACCGUAUUACUCCUAGGAUAAGGUGAGUGCGUCAAACUUUGAUAGCGUCGCCCUCAAGAAACGGCACACAACAUCUUUCUUCCCCAAUGUCUCGCCUAAAUUGUGAAGCUCGGAAACAAUCUUCGUGAAUUUUAUUGUGAAAUCCACCACUGAUUCAUCUUUCUGCAUUAUGAGAAUUUCAAGAAAUGAUAGCAUCUCCUCUGGGACUAUUCUGAAGAUUGUCGAAAAGGCAAGACGAUCCUUCUUCUUAGGGACAUUAUCUCCUUCGAUUGCCUGCAACAAAUCAUGUGAGUCCAAGAAUACCUCCAUCCGCAUCGUCGAGACAGAAAGUGCUGGCAACGUAAUCUCCGCUCCACGCUUGCUGAAGGUACUCGCGUCAUCUCCAAGAAUACUUAAUUAAAUUCAACAACUGAAAAGUGCGGUACAUUUCAUCAAACACAGUCUCUUAUUUACAGAGACCCAAUAGGAAGAGGAGAGAGGGUGAGUCUAACGACCGUUGGAUGAGCUGACACUGUGUCUCAUGUGGCCACUUAUCUGCCGUUAUAACUCCCGGUGAUGUCCGCCCCAGAUUAACUUUACAAAAGAAAAUAACGACCUGUAGGAAAAAUCCCCAAAUGGCUGCUGCUGGCGAAUUUCCGCAGAGCUGGAGCAAUUCCUUCAAUUCGCCGGACACCACCAUCGAGCCCAUGGGACUUGUCCUGCCCUACUACUCCAACGCCCCUCGCCUCGUUUACGUCAUCCAAGGCUACUUUCCCUAGUUCACCUUUUAACUUCAUUCUCAUCAAUGCCUCUGGAAAUCCUCCCUAAACGAAAGCUUCUUCAUCCGCGCAGGACGUGGAAUCGGUGGUUUAGUGUACCCAGGUUGCCCCUUUCAACCGUCCCAGUCUCGUGAACAAGGUCGGGAACAGGAAUCCCGUGACCGGCACCAGAAGAUUCAGCGCUUCCGUGAGGGAGAUGUCAUCGCCAUUCCAGCCGCGUAGCAUCAUGGAGCUACAACGACGGGGACUCGCCCAUCGUCGCGGUCACCGUUGCCGACACUCGUAACUUUGCAAACCAGCUCGACCAAAGGCUGCGAGUAAGUUUUUCGUCAAUGAAAUCGUAAUCUACUCAAGCUUCAGACUCGUGCUUGUAAGGAAAUAAUGAGAUCCGUUGUUUUUUCGUGUGGUUUCCUUGUAGAGGUUCGAGCAGGCCGGGAGCCAGCAACGGCGAGAAUCGUACGAGGGCGAGAGUGCAGUAGGGGAGGCCUCCUCCGCAGGUAACGUCUUCCGUGGACUCGACGAAGAGGUCAUUGCCGAGGCAUUCGGCAUCAACAGAGAGACUGCCAGUAAGCUUCAAGGCCUCGAUGACCGAAGGGGGAAUAUAGUACGAGUUGAGGGGGGGCUCCGGCUCGUGAGUCCUGAGAGAGGCUACGAGCAGCAGGAAGAAGAAGAGGAAGAAAAAGAAGAAAGGAGGGACACAAACGGGCUCGAGGAGGCCCUCUGCAACAUCAAACACAGAGAGAACAUCCGCAAACCGGCCAGCGCCGACGUGUACAGCGAACAGGCCGGAAGGAUCACCAGCCUCAACAGCCAGAAACUCUCCAUCCUAAGGUUCCUUCGGCUGAGCUUGGAAGGUUGAUUCCUCAAGCAGAACUCCCACUACGCGCUCCACUGGAACAUCAACGCCCACAGCAUUCUCUACGUUACCAGGGGUCGCGCCCGCAUGCAGAUCUCCGAGAACCAGGGCAGGAAGAGUUUCGACAGCGAGGUGCGGCGGGCCAGAUCGUGGUCAUCCCGCAGAACUUCGUAGUGACGGCGCAGGCUGGGAACGAGGGGUUCGAGUGGGUGUCCUUCAAGACCGAGGAUAACGCCCUGGUCAGUCCGCUGGUGGGGAAGGCGUCCGUCUUCCGCGGCAUCCCGGCCAACGUGAUCGCCAGCUCCUGCCGUGUGUCGAACGAGGAGACGAAGAGGAUCAAGUACGGCAGAGGAGAGGAGUUCCUCGUCUUCCGUCCCCGGGCGCAAACUGGUCGGAGUACCGCCUGA